UUUCUGAACAAAAUUAAUAUUCAGUAUUAUAUCUGGCAUAUAGAUUCUCUUACUCUUGGUGUAAUGACAGCAUUCCCAGUUUAGGAAACUGUUGUAAAAUCUUGUGUCUUGGUUGUGGCUGAGGCUUUGGGAAGGCCAGAGCCCCCUUUGCCACCACCCCUACGGUGUCAGCUCCAAGCCUGGGCCUGAGGGUUUGAUGGGGAGCGGGUGAGCUGGAUCCUGAUCUCAGUGGUCAGUGGCCAGAUCCUGGGCUGCUGGCCAGAACCCUGGCUUUGUGAGUGGCUGCAGCUUGGCUCUGCUCCAGCCCACAGGGGCUAAAGGGGCGGGUAGGGAGCGUGUAGGGAGCGUGUACGUGGCUUUGUGUCCUUGGCUCCUCCAGACUCUCACAUAUGCGGGCACCAUAUACUUCUGCUGCCCUUGUGCCCCAAUCAUUGCACAAACAGAAACAGCUCUGACAGAGAAGGGACUGCUAGAGUUAGGAACCCUAGGGCCUGGAAGGAAGGUAUGGCUCUCAGAGUGACCUGGGGUUUAUUCAGUCCCCUCUGGACCUGUUUCCCUGGCAACGCUGUGGGAACAACAGUCUAUGCAACACAGGAGACCUGAUGCCACCUGGUGUCCUCCAAAUUUGAAGGUGAAGGCAGGGAUUGUGAAUGAUGCAGGGAUGGCCAGAAUGGUUUUUGCCUUCAUUCUUUUCCCAGGGGAACCAAGCCUGUGGGUAGGGAAAUCACACUAAGGCUGGACAGUGACUGAAUCUGGCCCAGGAGAAACUUAGCUGCCUGCCUUCCAGACCAGGGUUUUUCUUCCCUGAGAUCCUGGAGGGGAAGUACCUGGAACUUGGGAGUGUUGCCCUGGUCUAGAAGAUCUGAUAGACAUAGUAUGCACACAUUUCCCUCGAGCUUCCCAUGACUGGGGAGUAGAUGAGAACCCUGGGUGGGUGGCUGGUUUCUUGAGGCAUACAUAUACCCAACACACCUCACACCUCUGAUUUGGCCGCAUUUUGGAAUCAUCUGGGAAGUUUUAAACAAUACUGAUGCCUAGGUCCAACCUCCAGAGAUUCUGAUUUAAUUGGUAUGGGGUGGGGUUUUGCAGUUUUCAAACCACAAUAUCCAGCAAAGUUUGAGAACCACUGCCCUACACAGCCCUCCUUCUUCUUUAUCUUAUCUGGAGUCAGGGGCACCUUCAGCUUCUCCAAUCACCUGGCCAGUGGCUGUUGUUUCCAGUCCUGCUGUUCCAGGGUGGAUGGGCCUUCAGGCGGAGACCCAGGAAUCCAGCUCCAGACUCUGUCCCAGGCAGCCUCUUCAGUCCGGGACGGGACAGGAAGUGUCCGGCGGAGGUGGGGGUGGAGAUGAGCAGCAGCUGCUCAGGGCUGAGCAGGGUCCUGGUGGCCGUGGCUACAGCCCUGGUGUCUGCCUCCUCCCCCUGCCCCCAGGCCUGGGGCCCCCCAGGGGUCCAGUAUGGGCAGCCCGGCAGGUCUGUGAAGCUGUGUUGUCCUGGAGUGACUGCCGGGGACCCAGUGUCCUGGUUUCGGGACGGGGAGCCAAAGCUGCUCCAGGGACCUGACUCUGGGCUAGGGCAUGAACUGGUCCUGGCCCAGGCAGACAGCACUGAUGAGGGCACCUACAUCUGCCGGACCCUGGAUGGUGCACUUGGGGGCACAGUGACCCUGCAGCUGGGCUACCCUCCAGCCCGCCCUGUUGUCUCCUGCCAAGCAGCCGACUAUGAGAACUUCUCUUGCACUUGGAGUCCCAGCCAGAUCAGCGGUUUACCCACCCGCUACCUCACCUCCUACAGGUGUGUGCGUGAUCAGGUGUGGAUGCCUACACAUUUGGAUGGCCCCCUCCCCACCAGGAAGAAGACAGUCCUAGGAGCUGAUAGCCAGAGGAGGAGUCCAUCCACAGGGCCCUGGCCAUGCCCACAGGAUCCCCUAGGGGCUGCCCGCUGUGUUGUCCACGGGGCUGAGUUCUGGAGCCAGUACCGGAUUAAUGUGACUGAGGUGAACCCACUGGGUGCCAGCACACGCCUGCUGGAUGUGAGCUUGCAGAGCAUCUUGCGCCCUGACCCACCCCAGGGCCUGCGGGUAGAGUCGGUACCAGGUUACCCCCGACGCCUGCGAGCCAGCUGGACAUACCCUGCCUCCUGGCCGCGCCAGCCCCACUUCCUGCUCAAGUUCCGUUUGCAGUACCGUCCGGCGCAGCAUCCAGCCUGGUCCACGGUGGAGCCAGCUGGACUGGAGGAGGUGAUCACAGAUGCUGUGGCUGGGCUGCCCCAUGCUGUACGAGUCAGUGCCCGGGACUUUCUAGAUGCUGGCACCUGGAGCACCUGGAGCCCGGAGGCCUGGGGAACCCCGAGCACUGGGACAGUACCAAAGGAGAUACCAGCUUGGGGCCAGCUACACACGCAGCCAGAGGUGGAGCCUCAGGUGGACAGCCCUGCUCCUCCAAGGCCUUCCCUCCAACCACAUCCUCGGCUACUUGAUCACAGGGACUCUGUGGAGCAGGUAGCUGUGCUGGUGUCUUUGGGAAUCCUUUCUUUCCUGGGACUGGUGGCUGGGGCCCUGGCACUGGGGCUCUGGCUGAGGCUGAGACGGGGCGGGAAGGAUGGAUCCCCAAAGCCUGGGUUCUUGGCCUCAGUGAUUCCAGUGGACAGGCAUCCAGGAGCUCCAAACCUGUAGCGGACCCAGGAGGGCUUCGGCAGAUUCCACCUAUAAUUCUGUCUUGCUGGUGUGGAUGGAUGGACAGAUAGAAACCAUGCAGGACAGUAGAUCCCUAUGGUUGGGUCUCAGCUGGAAGUUCUGUUUGGAGCCCAUUUCUGUGAGACCCUAUAUUUCAAAUUUGCAGCUGAAAGGUGCUUGUACCUCUGAUUUCACCCCAGAGUUGGAGUUCUGCUCGAGGAACGUGUGUAAUGUGUACAUCUGUGUCCAUGUGUGACCAUGUGUCUGUGAGGCAGGGAACAUGUAUUCUCUGCAUGCAUGUAUGUAGGUACCUGGGGAGUGUGUGUGGGUCCUUGGCUCUUGGCCUUUCCCCUUGCAGGGACUGUGCAGGUGUGAAUAAAGAGAAUAAGGAAGUUCUUGGA